AUGGGGAUUCGUUUUUUAGCAACAAUUUCUCAAGCCAGAAAAGUUCGGAAUCAGAAAUCUAUGCAGAAUAUUCAGACGUUGCCAUUUCCAGGAGGCACUGCGACAGCAGAUGUCCCAAAAGGACAUUUUGCAGUUUAUGUUGGAGAAGUAAAACUCACUAAGCACCGUUUUGUAAUUCCUAUUUCCUAUUUAAAGGAUCCUUUGUCCCAAGAUUUGUCGAGGCGUCCCGAGGAAGAGUACGGUUUUGAUUACCCCGGAGGUUGUCUAUCCAUCCCAUGCAGUGAAAAUGCAUUCUUGGAUUAA